GAGAGAGAGAAUGAGAGACUGAGAGUACAGAGAUACUAUUGAACUAUAUAAGGCAGAGGACAGAUUCAGUAGAAAUCAGGAUAUGCACUCAGAAGCAAAAUAAUCAGUAUCUGUAAAUUGAUUUAUGACUGGCUGACCUGCUGUUGCCCAUUUGAACUGCAGCUUUCAGUACCCAGUUUAUGGAACAACUGACCAAUAGAGAACUGCACCUCUGAAUUCACUUUCAGCCCUCAACAGCAUCGAACAUGACAACUGCCACAAGACUUCUGGAUGAGCUCUGUCACUUAAAGGCUCAGUCUCUAGAAUCAUUGGAGCCUUUAGAUCACUUCCAAGUUAUUAAACUUCUUGGAGAGGGUUCAUAUGGGAAAGUCAAAUUAGCAGUGCACAAGAAGAGAGGAACUCCAAUGGCCCUUAAAUUCUUCCUGAGAGACGACACAUCUCUACUGUCCUUUCUGAGGGAAUAUAACCUGUCUUUGGCCUUCUGCACCCACCCCUCACUUACCUCAGCUUUAGGCAUCGCUUUCUCCACUCCUACUCACUAUGUGUUCGCCCAGCAACCUUGCCUUUAUGGCGACCUAUAUGAUGUCAUCGUUCCUGAGGUUGGUCUUGAAGAGAGCCAUGCCCAAGGAGUGGCUUCCCAGAUCAGCGGUGCCCUCUCUCACCUCCAUUCCCUUGGCUUUGUCCACCGUGAUGUCAAGCCGGAAAACAUCUUCCUGUGUGACCGUGAGUGUCUUUGGGUAAAACUUGGUGAUUUUGGCAUGGUGAAGGCUAAAGGCACCAGGGUACCAUGCGUGUGGUACAGCUCCCCUUACUGCACACCUGAGUCUGAGAUGGCAUGGAAGAACCAAGAGAACCAUUUGGGUAACUUGGGGAUGGACAAAAAUGGAAACAAGCAAAAAGGCGACUCUGGAAAGACUCACAGGAUGUUGGUGUCUGUGGAUCCCACUACAGACAGCUGGGCAUUAGGCAUUCUAAUCUACGCCAUGCUAAUGGGGAGCCUUCCAUGGUCUGAGACUGUUUCAGACAACACUGCAUAUAAAUGCUAUCUACAAUGGACCAAUUGGGAAGGAUCACCAUCACAGGAGAGAGGAUCAGAUCAGCCUGAAAACUUCCAACAGAUGGCACCACAGUUUGCGGCAUUCACUCCUCUUGCGGCUUGUCUUCUUAGGUCCCUGCUCCACCCACAGUUCAGGCUUCGUGGCAGGCCAGAUGAGGUGGAAAGAUAUCUGGGAGGAGCCUGGCUAUUGGACAAGGAUGUCAGUGGGUGAUGCAUCGAAAGAAAGGCAGGACCGAGAUAAGUAGUUUGUCAUUCACUGGUGGGAACAAUUGCUAUCACCUUUUAGAAGUAGUUCUGAUAGUAGUUUUAAUCAUAAGCCUGCUGUGCAUCCUACAUAUAUGCAUUAUUAGCUGAGAGUUUGUUUUCCUAAGUGACCACUAGAUCUUAGCUGUA